UUCAUGCAUGCUUAAACUCAACACACUCACAACCAAAUCCACUUUUAACUACUUUCCCUCAUCGUCUCCAAUUUUGUCAAGUCUGAGACGUUGGCAGGAGAGGGCUGAAUUAUUCCGGCAGUCAUGAGAAGUACUGGCGGCGGCCCCGCCAGGGGUCGUCUUUGGCCUCAAAUGGCCUUAGCCCUGGCUGUGGUUUUGGUUUCUAGCUGUGUAAGUUCAGUGUAUGGAGAUGCUUAUCCUUACUAUUCUCCACCUCCACCAACUUAUAAGUCACCUCCACCACCUUCUCCUUCUCCUCCACCACCUUAUGAAUAUAAGUCACCACCACCACCUUCUCCUAAGCCCCAUUAUGAGUACAAGUCUCCACCACCACCAUCUCCUUCUCCACCACCACCUCACUAUGAGUACAAGUCUCCACCACCACCAUCUCCAUCCCCACCGCCUCCUUAUGAGUACAAGUCACCUCCACCACCUUCUCCUUCACCACCUCCACCUUAUGAGUACAAGUCACCUCCACCACCAUCUCCUAAACCUCAUUAUGAGUAUAAAUCUCCACCACCACCAUCUCCAUCUCCACCACCUCCUUACGAGUACAAGUCACCACCCCCACCAUCACCUAAACCUCAUUAUGAAUACAAAUCACCUCCACCACCAUCUCCAUCACCUCCCCCACCUUAUGAGUAUAAAUCUCCACCACCACCAUCCCCUAAGCCUCAUUAUGAGUACAAGUCACCUCCACCACCAUCUCCAUCACCACCACCUCCUUAUGAAUACAAAUCUCCACCUCCACCAUCCCCUAAGCCUCAUUAUGAGUACAAGUCACCUCCACCACCAUCUCCAUCACCACCACCUCCUUAUGAAUACAAAUCUCCACCUCCACCAUCUCCUAAGCCUCAUUACGAGUACAAGUCACCUCCACCACCCUCUCCUUCUCCACCACCACCUUACUACUACAAAUCACCACCACCUCCAUCCCCAUCACCACCUCCACCAUACUACUAUAAAUCUCCCCCACCUCCUUCACCAUCACCACCACCUCCAUACUAUUACAAGUCCCCUCCACCACCGGUGCAUUCCCCUCCUCCACCUUAUUACUAUAAGUCACCACCACCACCUUCACCAUCACCUCCACCACCAUACUACUACAAAUCACCACCACCUCCUUCACCAUCACCUCCACCACCUUACUACUAUAAAUCACCACCACCACCUUCACCAUCACCUCCACCACCAUACUAUUAUAAAUCUCCCCCACCACCCAAGAAAUCACCAGCUCCUACUCCAUAUUACUAUAAAUCUCCACCACCUCCGGUUCAUUCACCACCACCACCUUACUACUACAAGUCUCCACCACCACCAUCACCAUCUCCUCCUCCUCCUUAUUACUAUAAGUCUCCACCUCCUCCUUCACCAUCUCCUCCACCACCAUACUACUACAAAUCACCACCACCACCAACAAAAUCACCAGCACCAGAGCCAUACUACUACAAGUCUCCACCACCACCUAAGAAAUCUCCUCCACCUCCUUACUACUACAAAUCUCCACCACCACCAGAAAAAUCUCCAGCUCCAACACCAUACUACUACAAGUCUCCACCACCACCUAAGGCAUAUCCUCCUCCAUACUACUACAGUUCUCCACCACCACCCAAGAAAUCUCCUCCACCUCCUUACUACUACAAAUCUCCACCACCACCAGAAAAAUCUCCAGCUCCAACACCAUACUACUAUAAGUCCCCACCACCACCUAAGGCAUAUCCUCCUCCAUACUACUACAAUUCUCCACCACCACCUGUUCAUUACCCUCAUCCCCACCACCACCAUUUCGUAGUGAAGGUAGUAGGAAAAGUUUACUGCUACAGAUGCUAUGACUGGGCAUAUCCAGAAAAGUCACACGGCAAGAAGCAUCUCAAAGGUGCUGUAGUGGAGGUGACAUGCAAGGCAGGCGACAAGGAAGUUAAGGCAUAUGGCAAGACUAAGAUCAAUGGCAAAUACAGUAUCACUGUUGAGGGCUUUGAGUACAAAAAAUAUGGAGGCAAGGCUUGCAAGGCUAAGCUCCAUAUGGCACCCAAACACUCAUCAUGCAGUAUCCCCACUAACUUGCACUCUGGCAAGAAGGGUGCUAUGCUUAAGGUGAAAUCCAAGACUAAGUAUGAAGUUGUCCUCUCUGCUGAGCCUUUUGCUUAUGGUUCAAAGAAACAUUACAAGGAGUGUGAGAAGCCUAAGCCUAAGCCUAAGCCUAAGCCUGAGCCUACACCUGCUCCUUACUACUACAAAUCACCGCCACCUCCUUCUUACUAUUACAAAUCACCUCCACCACCGGUGCAUUCUCCUCCACCACCUUACUACUAUAAGUCUCCACCACCUCCAUCACCAUCACCCCCUCCUCCAUACUACUAUAAAUCACCUCCACCACCGGUACAUUCUCCUCCACCACCAUACUAUUAUAAAUCUCCACCACCUCCAUCACCAUCACCCCCUCCUCCAUACUACUAUAAAUCACCUCCACCACCAGUACAUUCUCCUCCUCCACCAUACUACUAUAAAUCUCCACCACCUCCAUCUCCAUCACCCCCUCCUCCAUACUACUAUAAAUCACCUCCACCACCGGUACAUUCUCCUCCUCCACCAUACUACUAUAAAUCUCCACCACCUCCAUCACCAUCACCGCCUCCUCCAUACUACUAUAAAUCCCCACCACCACCAGUACACUCUCCUCCUCCACCUUACUACUAUAAGUCUCCACCACCACCAUCACCAUCCCCACCACCUCCUUACUACUACAAGUCUCCACCACCACCAUCACCAUCUCCACCACCUCCUUACUACUACAAAUCUCCUCCUCCUCCUUCACCAUCUCCUCCACCACCAUACUACUACCACUCACCUCCACCUCCAGUCAAAUCACCACCUCCUCCAUACUACUACCACUCACCUCCUCCUCCAGUGAAAUCACCACCUCCCCCAUACUAUUAUCACUCACCUCCACCUCCAGUCAAAUCACCACCUCCCCCAUACUACUACCACUCACCCCCUCCCCCAGUGAAAUCACCACCUCCCCCAUACUACUACCACUCACCUCCCCCACCAGUGAAAUCACCACCUCCUCCUUACUAUUACCACUCACCUCCACCUCCUGUGAAAUCACCUCCUCCACCAUACCACUACCAGUCACCUCCUCCACCGAUGAAAUCACCUCCUCCACCAUACUACUAUCACUCACCUCCUCCACCAGUAAAAUCACCACCUCCUCCAUACUACUACCACUCUCCUCCACCUCCUGUAAAGUCACCACCUCCUCCAUACUAUUACCACUCACCUCCACCCCCUGUGAAAUCACCUCCUCCACCAUACUACUACCAAUCACCUCCACCACCAAUGAAAUCACCUCCUCCCCCAGUAUACAUUUAUGCCUCUCCUCCACCACCAUACUAGGCUCAAAAAGCUCAGUCACAUUCCAUUUUCAAUCAUAUUUUAGUUUCAACAAAGUAAUAAACGAAAGCUCCAAGAGUGAAAGAUGUGAAUAUCAAGCUUCUUGUCCAAGUUCAUUCAAUAAGGAUCUGAAUUUUGCAUCAAUGAGCUAUAACAUCAAUAAUUCAGGCCAGACUGCAUCAAUUUCUAAGAUGGCCAUUUUGCACCUCAUGAUCUUGUUUUGUUCAAGUAGGAAUGGCUUAAACAAUUUACUUCUCCAAAUCAAAAUUUGGAAGUGAGAUUAGAGAGAGAUGGAGGAUUGGACUUAGAAAUGUCCGUUUUUAAAUUAUUGUUUUUUAUUUAUUCAUCUCAAAUUUGUUAAUCAGUGUAAUUAUAGGGUACAGCCUUUGUUUGAUUGGGGCUUUCUCUAUUUAUUGUGAGGAAUUGUUUCUUGGAGCUUCUUGUAGUUUGUGCACUCAGAUUGUUAGCAAUAAAAUCAAGCAUUUUUCUGUCACAAAA